AUGGUCUCUGAAUUUACUUUUAGAACAAUGUAUGAUGGUUUAUUACAAAUUGGCUCACAAAUAUUGUUUUUUGCAUUUGGCUGGGUAUUCCUCGUGAAAAAACUAUUCAAAGAUUAUGAAUCUUCGACAGAUCGACAUGAUGUUCAAUUUGUUCAAGCAAUAUUUUCACUUACAUUCAAAAAACUUUGUUGGUCAUUACAUUUUUACGGAUUUUGGAAAGUGGGAGAUUUCUUUCCAAUUGAAAAAACCAUAAAUGUUCUAGAAAGUGAUACAUCUGAAUAUAAUUCGGGUGAUCCUUUUAUACAAUUUGGAAUGAGUCGUGUUGGUAUAUUAGGUGUUACUAUUAUGGCUAUAUUAUCAGGUUUUGGUGCUGUUAAUAGUCCAUACGUCACUUUAUUUUUCUUCUUGAGACAAGUAACAGAUUCUGAUAUUCAAAUGGCAGAAAAAAAAUACCUUCAAACUUUAGAUAUAAUUAUGAGUAAAAAGAAACGUAUUUUAAUAGCACAAAAAAGACAAAGAAAUGUCAAUGAACAAAGUUCCAAGGUUGGAGGAUUCAUGAGAAAAAUGUUUAAUACAGUUGCCAGUAAUAUCGGGAUGGGUGGUGAGAAUGUCAGUAUCUUAAGACAAGAAAUUACUGUACUUGAAAAUUUAAGCCAUCAAUUGUUUUUGGAUAUUGAUGAUUUAUAUCAAGAAAGAGAUCGUCUUCAAUAUUCAAAAACUUGGCAAGGGAAAUAUUUUAAUUAUAUGGGAUACAUAUUCUCAGUAUAUUGUAUUUAUAAAAUCGUUAUGGCAACUGUGAAUAUAAUUUUUUUUAGAAUAGGAAAAACAGAUCCAAUUACUUAUGGACUAACAUUAGCAAUGCAAUAUUUUAAUAUAAGACAUAUAGAUCUUGAUUUCUGGUCACAACAAUUAAGUUUUUUAUUUGUAGGACUUAUGAUAAUAUUUUCUAUUCGUGGACUAUUGAUUCAAUUAUUAAAGUUCGGUGCUAAUGAUGAGAAUGUCGUUACCAGAAAUCUAUCGGAAUAUAAUUUCAUAUGUGGUGGGGGUGGGUUAACGUCAUUAUCAUCUAUAAAUGAUUAUUCAAACAAUGCCAACAGCGUUGAUGUAAACGGAAUCGGUGGAGUUGGAGGGAUUAGUUCUUUAAAUUCAAUUAUUAAUAGAAGAAAAAUGGGUGGAGAAUGGUAUCAUGUUAAUACAAGUGGAAUUAAUACAAGUGGAAUUGCUAACGAGGUUCCCAUAGAACAAAAAUCAAUUUGGUGUCAACAACAAAAAGCACAAUGUGGAUUGAUUUGUGAAAGCAGUACGUCUAAAGAAUACACGUUAAUAAUUCCAUACUUUAUGUGUACGUCUGAUCAAGAGAAAUGUAAGACAGCUUGUGGGCCAGCUAAUCAAAAGUGUACAGAUGGAUGCGAUAUGCAUUGUGCGGCAAAUGUUACCACAACUGCUGAAGUUCAAUCUUCAACCACUGGUAGCAAUAAUCCUACAGUUAGUCCAACCUCAACGCAAGUCAGUUUUAGCAGUGCAAACGAGCCUUUUAUGCUUAAAAAUAAACAAAACAAUUCUAAAUCUCAAUCGUUGUUACACGAUAUAAAUGAUAAAUUUGGAGAAAAACAUAAACUUCUACAAUAA